GGCAACAUCUUCCUUCACAACAGAAAGAAUCCAAUGGAUGAAGGGACAUUAUUAGCAUCACAGAUUCACCUCAAUUUCACCUCUUUAGGGUUCCUCUUCUAUUAUGAAUCCCAACUCCUGCGUUCCAUCUGCAGCAAAUCCAUCAAUACCCAUCCUAUUUUCCCUCAACCUCUGUUUUUACCUCGUCACCUAGCAUGCUCAAUUCCAACGGGAAGAAGGAAUAGGAUUGGGAAAGGGAAUACAGUUUUGGUUUUUCUUUUUUCCCUUUUUUUUAUUUUUUUUAUUUUUUUUCCGAAUUUUUAACAUUUUCCUUCAGCUAUGACUAUUGUGGGGGCUUGAGGCACCUAAAUCCGCUGUUAUCAAUCGACCGCCCUUCAUUUCCGGAUCCAAGUGUUUGGGUUUCGUGCAACACAAUUGAAAUUUGAAAUGCUCAAUAAAAUUUUCAUCCAAAAGUAGUCACUUUCCAUGUCGUAUAGUCUCCAAUUGUUUCAAUCCGUCCAUUUUUGGUGGAAUUUACACUUUGAGAUUGUGAAUACUUGGCAUUGUUGUACUGGAGCUCUUCUGAGAUCUUUAAGUGAGAAAACAAUGAUCUGGGUGGUGACCAAGGUGAGGUUUUAGGCCUGGAUUUGAAGUCUCUGAAGAUUUUGCUGAAGUGGGGGGUCUUUCUGGGGGCAAUAUUUUGUGGUUUUUUGGUUUUCUGGUGCAAGAGGGUGCUUGCGGUGGAGGAAGUGGUGAAUGCAAGGUACGGAGUGAUUGAGGAAUGCGUGGCCUAAGGUUAGUGUUAUUUUGAGGUGUUCAUUUCUCUCUUUUUCCUUCUUAAUUUUGAUGACAUGUUUAGUGUUUUGGCCAAUCUCCCCUACCUGCCUAUGAACCAGCCUUUGACUGGGAAAAUGAGAGGUCAAUGAUAUUUGGCCAGAGGACUCCAGAGACCCCUGUGGUACACCAUGGCAGGUUC